AUGGACGGCAGAGGCGAUGCUCACAGGGCGUGGUGCCAGGAAGCAAGCGUUUUCUGCGAGAUGUUGAAAGAGCUGCGCUUGCACCUCGCGGGCGGCAGGCUGUACACGAGGCUUGAAAGUCUCUUGAACCAAGUGCCUUCUGGGCCUGCUUUCCACAACAUGGACAAAUACAACUUCACGAAACUGCUCCUGGAAAUGUCCAUGGAUAUGGUCAAGACACGCUGCAACAAGACUUCUUGGGGCAUAGCAGCUACAGAACUUUUUGAGGAUGUUGAAAAAGCCUUACGCGAGGGGUGUGUGGGUUUGUCGCAGGCUGUCAAGUCUGCACCCUUGUGGUUUUGGAAUGCCCAAUCUGUAUGCCAGGAUGAUAGUGAUGAGACAUAUACAGACCAAUCAGAGCAAACCAUGCUGCACCCCCCGCACCACAUGGUUUUUGUCAAUGUGCCCUUCGGGGUAUACGUUCGCAACUCCCCGCACUUGUACGAGAUGCUGUCCAGGAUGAGAUGUUUGCAAAGGGACGGUGCGGUGGGGUCUGUGAAGCAAAUGCUCGCCGUUUUGGACGCAGACGGCCAUUCCUAUUCCGUUUUGGUGUACGCAAUCAUCGCUGCGAUGCAAGUUCUCUUUCAUGUCGCUCGUGCACGCUCCCCUGCAGUCUGGAAGCUGCGAGAACUUUGGCCGCUGAAUGGAUCUACCCUGGACUCAUGGUCUUGUUUGUCCUGCGAGAAGUUGAUGUUCCGCGGCAUCUGGGUGCCUAAAGAAGUCGACGAAGCUGCUGCAACGUGGCAGAGAUCGUUCAAUUCAUUCUCCCGAGAGGCUGACGGGGUGCGGAAGGUGUUGCAUUUUUAUGCCAAAUCGAGAGGGACCAGCAUCGCUGCACUAGCGCAGAAAGACCAGCACAUUCUAUUGUUCGUUGCUCGCCGCAUCCGACAAGAAGAUUGGGCAUUCCCAAUGCAGUUCUUCAGUUGGCAUGAGAGCAGGGAAGGAAGUUUGGAGCGUGAACUGGUCUUGCCUCCUUUCGCAGCAUACGACUUCGAGUCUGAUCUGGAGGUCUCCAGUGGAAUGCCUGGCAUCAUUCGUGCGGAGAAGUUUUCGAUUCUGCAGCAGAGAUGGGGCUUGCCUGCGAAGUUCUUCGACACAGAAGUCCCAAAGCUGAUGCGAUGGCUGGGGGAUCCGAAGUCAAUGCUUCUGCAUGAUUUAUUGGGUUCGCCACCCCAGAUCACCGUGCGGUUCAUCCGGAAAGUCACCUUGGCCGAGCCUGUUCGCUGUCUUCUCGACGCAGAUGUACCUUCUCUGCUGCAGUUUCCGCAAUGUUGGCGCGUGGUCGGAGGCGAGCAGACGGGAGGAUUGCUGGUUCGACAGGGUCCGGGUUUGGACAGUUCCACAGCCCCACAGCGCUUGCAGUGUGGUGCAACGGUCGUUGAAAUUGAAACUCAAGGCGUCCGAAUGCACUAUAAGUUGGUGCUAGGAGAUGGACCAUCGCAGGGCUGGAUCACUACUUUUGUGAAGCAAAGCAACAAACGACUGGUGGUUCGUGAGGAAGGCAUCUCCCCGAAGCCUUGA